AUGGCAGAAACUACCAAAGAUCCUACCUUAGAUCCAACCAAUCCUCUUUUCCUUCAUCAUUCCAAUGGCCCUGGCCUUGUUCUCACCUCUCAGCUAAUUGAUAACAAAAAUUACACAACCUGGAGUCAUGCUAUGUUGGUGGCUCUCUCCAUGAAGAACAAGAUUCUGUUUGUUGAUGGUUCCCUUCCAAAACUUGCCGCUGAUGAUCCUACAUAUCCUGCAUGGAUUCGUGGGAACAAUGUGGUUAUCUCUUGGCUCUACAAUUCUGUUUCAAAAGAUAUUAUAACCAGUAUAUUGUUUGCAGAUACAGCCAAAGAAAUUGGGACGAUUUAA